AUGGAUCUAAUUUUAAAAGUUGAUAGUCCAGUAUACGUAUUUACCGAAGUAGGGGAACUUUGGAACAACUUCAAAGUUCCGCACUUUACAUCGUUUUAUCAAAAAGGUAUUAAUCAUAGCGGAGGGGCUAUGAUACCAAUAGGAAAACAUCUCCGAGCAACGAGAAUUGAUACUGAUAUAGAAAAUACGAUAAUUGUGGAUAUACAUGGUCUUUCUGAACAAAUUAGAAUAAUAGGUAUAUACUGGCCACAGGGUCAAAUGCGUAAUCUAAAAGACCUAUGUCCCUUCUUAGUAAAAGGUACUAUUUUGACAGGCGAUUUUAAUGCAACUUCAGAUGAAUGGGGUAGUCAAUCUAAUGAUUUAGGUUCUUCCUUAUUUCUUGAAGAUGUAUUCCUAUGGGAUAAUUUCCAUAAGCAAGCUAAAGAUGGUGUUGGCCAUCUAUUUAUGUUAAAACGGGUUAAACGUUUAAAAUUAAAACACCGCUCCUUUCUCCUUUACUGGCUUGAUUUUAAUGAACAAAGUGAUAAUUAG